AUGGCCGACGUAUCAUUCGACUACUUUGAUCACCCUCAGCACAAACAGAACCUUGGUGUUCCUGCAUCCUUCUACGACCCCGCAGACUUCAGCGGUGAUUCGGCCCAUUCUCCCGACUCGCCCCUCUCUCCCGUCUUUGCCAACCCCUAUCAGCUUCCCGUCUCUAGCGACUGGGUGAGCUGGGACGACAAGGCUACUCUCUCUCCUGAUCUUGACACGCUCCCCAAGCAGGAGCCCUUUGAAAGCAUCAACCUCUCCACCAUCCCCUCCCGAAACAGCAUGGAGCUCAGCCCCGCCAUCAACCCCCACGACCUCUCGGGCACCAUUCCCGACGCCGUUCCCUUUGGUCGAGUCGGACUGAACGACAUUGACGCUCAGCCUCUCUUCCAGACUCCCAUGCCUUCCAUCUCUUCCCAACCUCCUCAUCUUCAGUCCUCCAUGAUGCCUCCCACCACCAACCCUCAGAUGUCGGCCAUGAACAGCAUGGCUGCCAAGGACGCACGCAACCGAUAUCCUUCGCGCAAGCGCAAGUCUUCGGGCUCUGGCUCCUCUUCUUCUCGCUCCUCUACUUCUCCCCCUCCCGCGACCCGCCGCCACGGCUCGCCUCCCAAGAAGACUGCGCACAACAUGAUUGAGAAGCGCUAUCGCACCAACCUCAACGACAAGAUCGCCGCCCUCCGCGACUCAGUCCCCGCUCUCCGCGUCAUGGUGCACCGGUUAGAGACUCAGGGUGCUGAUGGCAUCGACGAGGAUGUCGAGGAGGAUCUCGGCGGACUCGCCCCAGCGCACAAGCUCAACAAGGCCACCAUCCUCAGCAAGGCGACCGAGUACAUUGCACAUCUGGAGAAGAAGAACAAGAGCCUCGCUCGCGAGAACAACCAGCUCCGGAAUCGCGUCGAGGGCUUUGAGAUGCUCGUCAUGUCCCGAGAUCAGGCGCCACCCGCUGGCGUCUGGGCUUAG